AUGGAUGAGCCCAUGGAGGUGGUGUCAGAAAUGGAGGAGAUGAAGGCAGAGCUGGAACAGGUGACACAGGAGCUGGAGGAAGUGCAACAGAGGCAGAAGGAGCAGCAGCAGCAGCGACUGCAGGAGCAGGAUAGCCAGCAGGAGAAGGAGUUGUGGUUCCUGGAGCAAGAAGACUCCCCAGAGCAGGACACCAUUAUGGACAUCAAGGUGGCUGCCAUCAUGGAGCAGGAGGGACCAGAACAAACCUCUGUGUCUGAGAAUGCUGCCCCUCCCCUCCCCCCUCCUCCUGUCAGUGCUACUCCUGCAUUCCUGACUCGAUGCCUGGUGUCACCAAUUGACUCCCUCAGCUUGUACCACACUCCCAGUCCUGUCCCUGUCCUUCCAAGAUUGCCUUGCCCUCCAACACCAUCUCCCCCUCCAGUGGUUGCCAUUGUGGAGCAAGGGGAACCAGAACAAACCUCUCUGUCUGGGAAUGCUGCCCCUCCCAUCCCCCCUCCUGUCAGCACUACUCCUGCAUUCCCAACUCAAUGCCCGGUGUUGCCAAUUGACUCCCUCAGCUUGUACCACACCCCCAGUCCCAUCCCCAUCCUUCCAAGAUCACCUCACACUCCAACACCACCUCCCCCUCCAUCUCCACCACCACCUCCACCACAGCAAGCCUUUUGGCCUCCACCUCAUAGGGGUUCACCUUACUGCCCCUCUGAUCCCAGCACUUGCAAUGAUGAUAAUCCAAACUGCAUACUGCUGCCAGCGCUGGAAGAUUGGAGACCUCUCAUUUCCAAUGAGGGGGGCUGGUAUAGCUACUGGUUCCCUAUGCCUCCUCCUCCUCCUCCUCCUUGUCCAUUGGAGUUCUGGGAGGAUCCAGCAGUCAUGAACCUGGAACCUCUCCCCCCUCACCUUGGUUUUGGCAAGGUGAAAGAACCUGUCAAGAAGCCUGCCCCCCCCAAGAAACCUCUCAAUGAAUCCAAAGACCUUGUUGUUUUUGAUGAGAAACUGGUGUUGCUUCAUUCUGAUGACUGGCAUCUGCCUGUUGGCAUCAUUGACCUCACCAUCAAUCAUGGUCAUGGUAACUGGGAUGAACAGAUGAUAAAGCAUAUGGUGACAGCAAUCACCAAGGAAUCUUCCCAGGACUGGCCUGGGUGCUUAUGGGUAGGCUGGGAAGCACACACAGCCUCAGUCCUGGAACAACAGAAUGGCCAUGAUUGUGGGUUGUGGGUACUAGCCCAGAUAAUGGCAGUCAUGCAGGGUGUUGACCAGAUGUCCAUGACUGAUGCAGAGAUGCCACAGUUCCAUCACUGGUUACAUGACAACAUGGAGAGUUUGCCAUAUGCACCAGUAGCACCACAUGCACCAGCAAAAGAGGAGAGUGCACCCUUGGACUCGAACAAGACUGUGUUAGAGUUGGUGGACUCAGACGAGGCCAUGGAUCUCAAUUAG